AUGCGAUUAUCUACCACUGGCGCAGGAGUUGCAGUUGACAUCGGAGCGGGUGACUCUGGCGCUUGCAGUUGGCCCUUGCUCAGCAAAGGCCACGUAGUUCACAUGUUUGAGACCGGCUACAGCCUCGGCCGCGACGGCACAGCAGCAGAGCGCCAGUUCGUUGAGUUGACCCGCGACAUCAAUGGUUGGCACACGCGUGGGAUUUUGCAUGGCCCCGUAGCCGGCGACUCGUACGUAGAAGAUCUCUUCGAGAACGUUGACAAGAUCGAUUUGUUGAAGAUAGACGUGGAUGACCGUGCGAGUUACGAAGCCGUGUUUGCAGGUGUCCGCGCUGUCCUCCACAAGACCGAAAUCGUCCAGGUGGAGAUGAUAGAAGCAGAAAUCGGCAGGUCUGGAAUGCUGUGGAUCAUGGGGAUCAUGCAGUCUCACGACUUUCUCAUGUUCGGCCUGGAGGAUGUGGAGACAUUUCCUGGUUUUCGACAUGGCAGUCUGGGGCACGAUUGUGUUAACAGCACUUUGCCCGUCCGAAUGCAUUCAGAGGCGGUUGAGACAGGGCACGUGCCGUACGAAUAUGGUAAAGACGGCCCUGGGAAGAUUCGCAUGUUUCCCAUCUGCGAGUGUGGCGCUGGAGUGAUUGGCCAAGGCCUUGCAUCGCAGGAUCCUAUCAACUGCAACAUCCAAUUUGCUUUUGUGCGCCGUGGUGCAACAGCCAUGCGCAAUGUCACAGACCUUUAUGGAUCUUGUAAGACACCGUGCACAGAGCGCACCGAACUGUGA